AUGGCUUCCAAAUGCCUCAAGGCCAGCUUCUCUUCAGGGUCUCUCAAGGGCCUGGGAGGUGCCCAUGGGGGCUCUCCUCGCGUGUCCACAAUGUACUCCAGCAGCUCUUGCAAGCUCCCAAGCCUUUCCAGAAGUUUCUCUUCAUGCUCAGUUGGGCUGGGCAGGAACAGCUGCAGAGCCGCCAGCUGCCUCCCUGUUCUCUGCCUCCCGUCUGGAGGCUUUGCCACCAGCUACAACAUGGGUGGAGGCUGGUUUGGGGAGGGCAUCCUCACUGGCAGUGAGAAGGAGACCAUGCAAUUCCUGAAUGACCGCCUGGCCAGCUACCUGGAGAAGGUGCGCCAGCUGGAGCAGGAGAAUGCCAGCCUGGAGAGCCGCAUCCGCGAGUGGUGUGAACAACAGGUGCCCUACCUGUGUCCCAACUACCAGUCCUACUUCCAGACCAUUGAGGAGCUCCAGAAGAAGACCCUGUGCACCAAGGCGGAGAACGCCAGGCUGGUGGUGCAGAUCGACAAUGCCAAGCUGGCCGCGGACGACUUCAGAACCAAGUAUGAGAUGGAGGUGUCCAUGCGGCAGCUGGUGGAGUCGGACAUGAACGGUCUGCGCAGGAUCCUGGAUGACCUGACCCUGUGCAAGUCGGACCUGGAGGCCCAGGUGGAGUCCCUGAAGGAGGAGCUGCUCUGCCUCAGGAAGAACCAUGAGGAGGAAGUGAACUCACUGCGCUGCCAGCUUGGUGACCGGCUCAACAUUGAGGUGGAUGCUGCCCCACCUGUUGACUUGAACCGUGUUCUGGAUGAAAUGAGGUGCCAGUAUGAGACCCUGGUGGAAAAUAACCGCCGGGAUGCUGAAGACUGGUUCAACACUCAGACUCAGGAGCUGAACCAGCAGGUGGUGUCCAGCUCGGAGCAGCUGCAGACCUGCCAGGCAGAGAUCAUCGAGCUGAGACGCACGGUCAACGCCCUAGAGAUCGAGCUGCAGGCCCAGCACAGCACGAGAGAUGCUUUGGAAUCCACCCUGGCAGAGACGGAGGCCCGCUACAGCUCCCAGCUGGCCCAGAUGCAGUGCCUGAUCAGCAACGUGGAAACCCAGCUGGCCGAGAUCCGCUGCGACCUGGAGCGACAGAACCAGGAGUAUCAGGUGCUGCUGGAUGUCCGGGCACGGCUGGAGUGUGAGAUCAACACGUACCGGGGCCUGCUGGAGAGCGAGGACUGCAAGCUCCCCUGUAACCCGUGUACCCCUGACCCCUCGCCCUCCAAAUCAUUCCUCCCCAGUCUUCCUGCUGCCUCCUGUGGUCCUGGCACAGCACGCACAACCUGCAGCCCCCGCCCCAUUUGUGUCCCCUGUCCGGGGGGCCGGUUCUGA